CAACGUGCAUUGUGCUUGUUGUUCCUUUGCUCACACGUUGGCUGCAAAAUUCAUUUGUUUUCUUGUGUUUUUUCAUCCAAACAACGGUUACAAUGGCAGUGACGGAUAAAAAAUCGAAAAAGGCUAUGGAAAGUAUCAAUUCCAGACUGGCCUUGGUCAUGAAAUCUGGUAAAUACCAUUUUGGUUACAAACAAACAUUGAAGGCACUUCGAUUGGGCAAAGCCAAAUUGGUUAUAAUCUCCAACAAUACACCGCCACUUCGAAAAAGUGAAAUCGAAUACUAUGCAAUGUUGGCUAAAACUGGUGUCCAUCAUUAUUCUGGCAACAACAUAGAAUUGGGUACCGCAUGUGGUAAAUAUUUUCGUGUCUGUUCAUUGACUAUCACCGAUCCGGGCGAUUCGGAUAUCAUCAAGAGCAUGCCAUCGGAAGCUCAAUAGGCCCGUUUUUUAUUUUGAAUUCGAACGAAUAAAAAAAAUUUUUUAUUUUAAAGAAAAAAUUCAAAAA